AUUAUUCAGUCCACUUUUUUGGCUAAGUAUUAAGAAACGAUGCUUGUUUAAUUAACUCAUAUUAUGAGUGGAACGAAGCAAUUGCCGAAUAUUAAUAAGAUCUUUAGAGAAGAGGAUGACCUUAACUUCUUACCUUCUGGGGGGUCUAAUUUAGCGUCUAUUUUUGGUACUCCGCAAAAAACUCAAAAUCUUCCAACACCCUUACGAUAUACAUCCCCAGAACAAUCUGUCAGUGGUCAAAAUGCAUUCCAAACUAUUCCAUCAGCUAAGACAGAAGUUCUUCUUGCAAAAGCUAUCCAUGCUUUUAAAUUGCAAAAGGGCCAUUAUGUAUCAGUUGGAAAGCUUGGUAUGGCUUUAACAGGAAAUAUAUCAACAAAGCAGUAUCAAUUAAUUCUAUAUACAGGCAAACAAGAUCAUAUAUCAAUCGUUACUAUUACACCAGAGUUUUCAUACAGUGUGCAAACCAAUAAUUAUUCUUCUUAUUAUGAUGCUAAUAAGGACAACUGGUCAAUUCUUUUUGAUAAUAGUGAAGCAAGCAUAGAAUUUGCCAGAGAAAUUGCUCUUUCAAGAUAUUUUUCAAAAACAGAAAAACUUGACAAUAUAGUGUUAUACCAAGAUUUAACAGAAAUAAAAAAAGACUCAGUUGUGAAAAAGGAUGACAAAGUUUCCAUCAAAUAUUUUAUUAUAGUAGAAUUAAUGCAACCUCUAAAGGUUGCUUCCUUCUCUACACAGACUGUUACAGAAGAAUUAUACGUAGAUGAUAAUUGGGAGAAGCUUCUCGAAGGUCUUAGUGUAGAAUCAAAAAGAAUGAUAUUUUUACCACCAAACAAACAGAUCAUUCUGGGGCCUCCAUUCCCCAAAGACAAGGAUGUUGCUUUGGAGAUUGAGUUAAUCAAAAUAUUUCCCCCAAAAGAAGAAGUUUCAAAACCUCCAGCUAGUGGUAAAGCUGCAAUUCUUUCAAGAAUGGCUAAGAUGGGACAAUCCAUACUCCCCAAGUUAUCAACAUCCACGACAACAGAUUCCGAGGAUACAGAAGAAGAGCUUCAGCCAAAGUCAACACGAUAUAAAAGAUCCGAAGCAUCGGGAAUAUCCUCCCAAAAGAAACAAGUGCAUUCGAUUCAACAACCAACUGAUCAAAUUAGUCAGAGUAGCGAUAAUGCUUUCAAGCCUGGAAAUUCCGUACCACCCAUUAUGUCUACAAUGCACAGACCACUGAUUCCAGUCUCAGCAUUUACAGCUCAAUGGCCGCAAACUCCAUUACAAUCUCAGUAUAUGACCGCGGAUGGUCAGUUAUAUCCUAUGCAUCAACAGACAAUUGCACAACCAAUUCCAGCUGCUAUGGACCCGAAUCUAAAUAUAUUUUUAACAGAGUCUAGGACCCAAAGUACUGAAAUUCGAAUGGGCAUGGCUAAGAUAGCAGAUAAUGUGCAGAAACUUCUUGAUAAGUUUCAUGUUCUUGAAGUUCAAAACGCCGCGACGCCUGCAACCGAUAAAACAAUAGAGACUUCCUUGAGGAUGUUAUUAAAUCUGCAACAAGUGGAGAUAAAAAAUAGCGAAUUACAAAGAAAUACAGUUGUUGACACAAGUGCUAGUGAUAAAGAAAUCGAGAAAUUAACAGCCACAAAUCAGGAACUUACAGCUACAAUAUUAAUGUUAAAAAAAGAAUUGAAAGACACAAAAGAUGAAGUGACUGAUGCCAAGAAACAUAUUGCUGAUGUUGAGCAAGAGAAGAAGAAUGUGAUUAAGAAAAAUGAUGCACUCACUAUAAAAAUUAAUGAUUUAGAAGGCUCAUUGACAGAGACCCGAGAGGCCAAACAAAAGAUGUCAAAUGAAUUGAUAGAGGUAAAAGGAGUUGUUGACAAUUACAAAAAACGAAUAAUGGAAAUGGAAGAUAAAAUUUCUGAACUGGAGGAGAAGAAUAAUGUGUUAAAGAAGACUGAAAUUUCUUUAAGACAAAGAAACGAUAAUUCUAGUGGACUGGACAAGACAAGAGAAAUUAAACGCAUUAUGAAUGAAACCUAUCAAACGUUGCAGGCCAAAUUUACAGAAGAUUUGUAUGCUACGAGUUAUAUUAAAGAAACUAUUGCAUAUACAAUAAAGAAUAUAACUUUGCAAGUACUGCAAGCAGAUCAGGCCCAUGAAUCUCAGAAAAAUGCAGAAAUAUUGAAAUUGUCAAAGGAAAAGACAGAACUGUCUGAGGAAAGUGCCAAAACUGAAAAUGAAAAAAGGGUUCGGAGUCCUGUUGACUUGCCACAGUUUAGUCAAAGUUCUGUCAUUUCCGCCAACCAAGACGAACCACCGCCCAUUCCACCAAUGGAUCUGGAUGAGGAGACUGAUUGGUUACCAUGAAAUAAAGAUUCCAAGAGUUCGCGGAAAAAGUCUAUUCCAGUGAGAAGGAUCAAAGGACCUUAAAGAUUUCUACGCAAAGUCGUUGGAAUUCGAUUCACAGAGGUUGGAAAUAUGAAAACACAUGAUGAGAGAGAAGAGAUGCGCUGUAGACCAGUCACUUGUCCUGUGCC